UAAGCUGCCGCUGUUCAGUUGCUGAAUCAGUGGUAGGCGCAGUGCGGGUGUAGGAGGUCUCUUGUACUUUCCCUUCGUCUCGGCAGUGCUGCACAGUGUUUGCUGCUUUUGUACUGAAGUGAGACGUUUGGGAUAUUUUUAAGGCGGCGCCAUGGCUGGGGGAAGGCCGCUGCUUCGCUCAGCCGUCCUUGCCUGGGUAGGGGCCUGCCUGGCGGGGAGCAUGACAGUGGACCUCGCUACCCUGCCAGCAUAUGACGCCCCAGACCACACCCAUGAAUCUGUGCUGGACCCCGAUGGUGUCUUCACGGUGCUGUGGACGCCUGACCUCGACAAACAAGAGGUGGUGUGGGAGAUUCACGCUCGCACGCGAGGCUGGUUGGGCUUCGGAUUCUCUAGCAAUGGCGGGAUGGGCGGUGCCGACAUAGUGACGGCGUGGGUGGAGGAUGGGAAACUUCACUUGCAGGACCGGCACGGCGUGGGUCCUAAGAUGCCUCCCGAGGACGAGAUCAGCGACUGGCGGCCACUGUACGCCAGGGAGAAUGACACUCACACGAUGCUGGUGGUGGCCCGCGACGUGAACACCUGCGACCCCGAAGACUACGUGCUGACGAAUGAGACCGUACGUCUCCUGUAUGCGUGGGGGGAGGAGGAUCCCAGCGGCGACCAGCCCCCUUACCACGGCCCGCGCCGAGGCAACAGGUACGGGCUGGUGCUGGCACCAUUCCACCGGGACGGGUUGUUGGAGGACUUUGAGACGAUAACGGUGAGGCAGCGCAUCGUGCUCCCGCACACUCAGGACACCUUCUACUGGUGCCACAUAGAGAAGAUCCCCGAGUGGAAAGAGAAACACCACUACAUAGGAUUUGACAUGAUCUACGGCGAGAACGCGCACUCCAACCUUCACCACUCAGUCGCCUUUGAGUGCCACACACAAGACGGCACCGACCCCGCCAAGCUGCUGGAGCGCCACGUGGGCCACCCGGGCUAUGAGUGCUACACGCCAAACAUGCCUCCGGAAUUCUACCUGUGUGAACGCUUCUUGAUCAACUGGGCCAUCGGCAGCGAGGGGGAGCUGCUGCCGGAGAAGGUGGGCAUCCCGCUGAGGCACGAGCACGGCGGGGCCACGUACCUCAUGUUCCAGAGCCACUAUGAUAACAAGCGGCUGGAGCGUGACGUGACGGUGGAGUGGAGCAUGAGGCUGUACCACACCACCCAGCUCAGACCGUGGGACGCCAGCAUCAUAGGCUUGGGGCACUCGCUGAUCUUCUCCCUGACGGUGCCGCCACGAACGUCAGACUGGUUGGUAGUGGGUCACUGUUCCUCGGCCUGCACCGCCGCGGCUCUCCCACCAGAGGGCGUCAACAUCUUUACAGUCUUCCUCCACGGCCACUACUUAGUGCGGGCCAUCAGGUUACGACAUUUCCGAGGCCUUAAGGAGCUUCCGCCUAUUGCCGUCGACGCCAACUACGCCGCAGACUUCCAGCAGUCCCGUCGUCUGUCCCGAGAAGUGAAGCUUUUGCCCGGGGACCACCUCACUGUUGAGUGUGACUAUAACAGUGAAACCAGAGACACUGCGACCUUCACGGGCUGGCGCGCUGAUGAUGAGAUGUGUCAAGCCUUCAUCAACUACUACCCGAGAGUUCCCUUGGCCAUGUGCCGCUCCUCACCCCACCCGCGCCUCCUCACCAGACUGUACCACCUCAAGGGGUUCCAAAGCGACCUGGACCUGUCGACGUUCGAGUUUAACCCUGAAGUCGGUGACGGUCGACGGUACCAGGAGGCGGUGAACGCGUUGCCGUGGUCCACCCUGGAUAAGCAGAAGAUUAACAGUGAAAUUAUUCACGGCGACCAGUUCAUUAAAUGCCAAUACAAUUACGGCAUAUCCCUCAAGCUGGACACCAACGUGACGGGGUAUCCCACAGCCGUCCCGUUCGUACCUCCAGAGGACAAAUUUUGUGCCCUCCGUGCGUCUGCCUCGGCAUCGGUCCUGUCUCCGCCACCGACCUUCACGCUUCUGCCGUGGUUGCUUGCACUGGUGGUAGUGGCGGUGGUGGCUGUGUGAAGUGUAAGCCCUGUGUUUAACUUCGCUGAGCUAUUCUUUGUGUCGCCUUUAAUUAAGGAAGAGGAAUAUGACCAGGCAGAAGAGGCCUAAUUUUUUGCAGGAUUUAUAAAGAAAAGCUCGGAUUUGAGAUGGAGGUGGUAUGUAGAUGCCAUAAUUAGUGUGUGUGUGUGUGUAGUUGUCUCUCUCCUAAGAUGUUCUGUGCGUUAUGUUCAUUGUGCAUUAUGUGGGUUCCUGGUAAUAUCUUGCUUAGUUUGAAUCCUUGACACGUGUUUUGAAACGUGUUGUCGUCUCAUAAAUUCUUUUAAAGGCGCCUGAGGUGAUGAAGCGGGUUUUCUUUGGCUUGCCCUCACCCACAACUGUUGUUAAGCUAACAGUAGAAUCUUUAAAAUACCAAUAAGACCCUUUUAAAAGUAACAGAUAAGACACCGAAAUGUUUGAAAAUGCAGUCCGUUACCAGUGGAGUAUAGUGCUCGAGUAGUCUGAAUUUAUAUUAUGCGUAUACAUGAGUAGUAUGAAUUAAUUAUGUGUGUGAGUGUGUGUGUGUGUGUGUGUGUGUGUGUGUGUGUGUGUGUGUGUAUGGUGUAGUUUGGUAGUCUGAAUUAGUUUCAUUAUAUUAUCAUGUAUCUUUUUUUUUUUCUGUUAUGUGCAUUAACUCGCAUGUACAUCUCCAGAUUCUUAACACACCCCACUGUUGUACUAAUGGAUAUAAAGUGUCUAACAUUCA